UGCCGCUGCUGUGCCCCAUUCGUGAGCAGGGAACACCCUCACCUUCUUCAAACCUCGCCAUCUUUCAGUCAACAUCAAUUCAAUACGGCCAAGCCCUUGGAGAAAUGACCACCGCUACGUACUCUAACAUAGUUCCUUCAACCACAGCCAGGCGAAUCAGUAACGGCAUCCUGACAAUAUGCGGAGUUCUUCUCUGCGCUCCCUGUCUGUGCUACCAGAUCGUUACAGGUCGUGUAGAUGACCGACGCAGGGAGAAGAAAAAGCGGUGUGCUCGUGAAGCUGCACAGCGUUUAGAUACACCUAGACCUCGACCAGCUAGAGAGCGUACAUUGUCACUUUACGGCAUCGAAUCCUCCCAGUCAAUGACAGAGCACCGGCUGCAAUCAGGCUUCUUCAGCAGAUUACCCCUAGAGUUCCGUUUACUCAUCUACGCGGAUUUACUAGGUACCAACAUCUUUCACAUUUGGAUAGAAGGUCAGGCUGGUCCUCCUUCAACCCAUCGUCUCCGCAGCAAUUACUGCGCGGAAAGCAACAGACCAGAUUCUAGCUUACAAUGUUACCAAUCUUGAAAGACGUCUGAAGGGAGCUUUCUUCUGUUACUUCUCAGGUGCAGAAGAAUGUAAGCACUUUGCUCUAAUGCCUUGUAAGGUACCAUGAAUGCGCAAGCUUACGACCAAC